AUGAGUCAACUCGAAUCCUUAAAGGGAAGGAAAUACCCUUCUAAAGAACAUGCUUCUCGUGUUCUCGGGCAUUAUGUGGAGAAGACCUCAAAGGACAAAUCUGAAUUUGCCUUUUACAUAGCAGGAGAAGCCGAAGUGCUAAUUCCAUACUGUGAUCAGACAAAACCAUUUAGACAAAACAGAUAUUUCUUUUACCUCAGUGGAUGUAACAUUCCGGGGUCUCAUGUGCUUUACUAUGGUGACUCAGAUAAGUUAGUACUCUAUUUGCCUGAUGUUGAUAAGGAAGAUAUAAUGUGGAGUGGAUUGCCCACAAGUAUUGAUGAGGCUUACGCUAAAUAUGACGUGGAUGAAGUUAAAUUUGGUCAUGAUUUAGAGCUGGAUUUGAGUCUGUUGGUGGCUGGAAAGGUGUCUGUAUUAACUACAGAUAUUAAUGACUUCAACAAGCUGUUUUCGCCUCAUUUGACUCUUGGAGGUGAUGAUUUCUUUUACGCCUUGGACGAAUCAAGAUUAAUAAAAGAUCAAUAUGAGCUCGAAUUAAUGAGACAUGCUGCAAGAAUCACCGAUAAUUGUCAUCUAGCAGUCAUGAGUGCUAUCCCUAUUGAAACAGAAGAAACUCACAUCCAUGCAGAGUUUACUUAUCAUGCCUUGAGGCAAGGUUCAAAGGCUCAAGCAUAUGAUCCUAUUUGUUGUAGUGGAACCUCUUGUUCUACAUUGCAUUAUGUUAAAAAUGACCAACCUAUUACUGCUGAAAAGCACUCAAUCUUAAUAGAUGCUGGUGCUGAAUGGGAAAACUAUGCCAGUGAUGUCACAAGAUGUUUCCCUAUCAAUGGUGAUUGGAAAGAAGAACAUUUGGCCAUUUACAAUAUCGUUUUACGUAUGCAAAACGUUACCAAAGAGAUGAUUAAGCCGGGUGCCAGUUGGGAAGAAAUCCAUCUUACUGCCCAUAGAGUGAUGAUAGAAGAAUUUUUAAAUUUGGGUAUCUUCAAAAAAGAAUAUAGUGUACAAGAAUUGUUUGAUGCCAAAAUGUCUGCUCGGUUUUUCCCUCAUGGGUUGGGCCAUUUAUUAGGUAUGGAUACUCAUGAUGUAGGUGGAAACCCCAACUAUUCGGAUCCAGACCCAUUGUUACAGUAUUUGAGAUUAAGAAGACCUUUACAAGCAGGUAUGACAUUAACUGAUGAGCCAGGGGUAUAUUUCCUGCCUUUCUUGUUGGAAGAUGUCUUGAAUGACCCUUCAAAGAAUAAGUACAUCGAUCGUCCAGUUCUAGACAAGUAUUGGUAUGUUGGAGGAGUUCGUAUUGAAGACGAUCUUUUGGUCACAGACACUGGCUAUGAGAACUUUACAAAGAUAACCAAUGAUCCCAAAGAGAUAACUGAAAUUAUAAAGAAAGGCCUAGCCAAAGGGAAAGAAGGAUUUCACAUAGUUAUUUGA